UGGUCAACCUCUCCCCCGCUGCGUGUUUUUGCCGAAUCCCUCCCUGUACUAAUUUCCUCAUAGCUGUUCAUAUUUCCUGCUGUGGGAUUUUUUUUUCUUUUUUAAUUCUUCCAAGGAAGAGAAAUCAGGACAACCUCUUCUCUAGGAGGGAAGUGGUUGGUGUCCUAAGUGGUGUGAGAAGAUCUAUUUUGAUCCAAACCAGGUGUUGUCUGGUUUCGGUUCAUUCCAGCCUGGGUCAAGCAACUGAUCACAAGAUGGUUUUUCCGUUUGUGUGCUAUCUUGUGGUUGUGUGGCUGAUUUCUGCCUCAGACGAGAGCUGUCCAGAAGUUUCCGCAUUGGAAAAUGGCAUAAUUGUUAUAGAGGAGGUAGAAGGACAAAUUCUGGGGACUUACGUUUGUAUCAAGGGCUACCACCUGGUAGGAGAGAAAACCAUUUUUUGCAAUGCCUCUACAGAGUGGAAUGCUCCUGUUCCCACAUGUCAACCGGGCCACUGUCCUGACCUGGUGCUGGUGAACGGCGAACCCAGCUCCCUGGGUCCUGUGAGUGUGAGCGACAAAAUCACUUUUAAGUGCAAUGAGCACUAUAUCCUCAAGGGCAGCAGUUGGAGUCGGUGCCUGGCCAACCACACCUGGAUGCCUUCCUUACCUGUCUGCAAAAGCAGAGACUGUGGCCCUCCCGGGAAUCCCGCUCAUGGCUAUUUUGAAGGAAGAGAUUUCAACUCAGGUUCUACCAUUACUUAUCACUGUGAAGACAGGUACCACUUAGUGGGCACACAGGACCAGCAGUGCAUUGACGGGGAGUGGAGCAGUGCACUUCCAGUUUGUGAGUUGAUCCAAGAAGCUCCCAAACCAACUCCACAGACGGAGUUUGAGAAGGCACUCUUUGCCUUUCAGGAGAAUAAAGAACUUUGCAAAGCCAUAGAGAACUUUGUGCAAAGACUAAAGGAAAAUGGCUUAACAAUGGAGGAACUGAAAUAUUCUCUGGAAAUAAAGAAAGUUGAGUUGGAGGCAAAAAUGUUGUCCUAACAUUGCAGCUGAGCAGACUGGGUAAUAGAAAUGCACC